GGUUAUUUUAAUUAGAUUUUUUUUUGUUCAAAAACUAUAGUUAUUGAUCACGAUUUAUUGUUGGAUAAAAAAAAAUCGAAUGUGAAUGAUUGUAUGAUUUUUACAAAUCUAAAAUCAGUACAUAGUUCGUCAUCAAUCGAACAGAAUGACUGCAACAGAUUUACGUUCAAAAUCUAGAUCGUCAAUUACCCGUGGUAGUGAUGAUCAUAAACGGAUAAAGGAAAAGAGAUCCGAAUAUGAUUCUGGAACCAUUUGGUUUAUGUUCUAUUCAACAGCAACGAUCGUAACAUGUAUAAAGUUUUUAUUAAUACCAUCAUAUUAUUCUACCGAUCUCGAAGUUCAUCGUAAUUGGAUGGCAAUCACUUAUAAUAAACCAUUAUCGGAAUGGUAUUCAGAGAGUACAUCAAAAUGGACAUUAGAUUAUCCACCAUUUUUUGCCUAUUUUGAAUAUAUUCUAGCAUAUUUGGCAAAAUUUUUCGAUAAAAAUAUGCUUCAAAUACAACAAGAUCCAUACAUGUCACCGGAAACUUUGUUUUAUAUGCGUUUAACCGUUAUCAUAAGUGAUCUAGUCUAUUAUUACGGUGUAUAUCAAUGGAUUCGUUUGAUGUAUAAACGAAAACCACAUAUAUUUACUUCGUUGCCGGCAAUGUGUACACGUUCGAAUUUUUUUCAAUCAUCCACUUCGUUCAGUCAUAUUGUACUAUUCAUAUUCAAUAUCGGACAUUUGAUUGUGGAUCAUGUUCAUUUUCAAUAUAAUGGAUUCUUAAACGGAAUGCUUCUCAUUUCAAUGGCCAAUAUUUGUAAUCAAAAAAUUUAUUGGGGAUCAUUUUGGUUUGCCGUAUUAUUGAAUUUCAAACAUAUCUAUCUUUAUAUGGCACCGGCUUAUUUUAUUUAUUUAUUUAUUGAACAUUGUUUAAUUCGCGAUUCACGAGGUUCAAUCACAAUGAAAAUUCGUUUGAAUAUCCUGUUACGUUUAAUUGCCAUAGUGAUUGGUGUAUUUGUUGUUUCAUUUUUGCCAUUCAUCAUAAAUGGUCAAUUUUAUAAUCUAAUCAAUCGAUUAUUUCCAUUUCAACGUGGAUUAACACAUUCAUAUUGGGCACCAAAUUUUUGGGCACUUUAUAAUGGUUAUGAUUUAUUAAUGGCAAGAUUCUAUCGUACUACUGAUCGUCAAUCACCAUACACAGGUGGUCUUGUUCAACAAUCCGAACAUUUAAUAUUGCCAACAAUAACACCAGCAAUUACUUUGGCUAUAAUUGUCGUGAUCAUAAUCACUAUUUCAGCCACCUAUAUCCAUCAACAACAAAACAAUAAUAGAACAAAAACAACAACAUCACGAAAUCAGAAUCAAAAUCAAAAUUCCGUUGCAUAUGCACCAGAAAUACGAUUUCUUCAUCUAAUACUUUUAUCAAGUUUAACAUUUUUUGAAUUCGGUUAUCAUGUACAUGAAAAAUCAAUUCUAUUGGUCAUACCAUCGCUUAUUCCGUUGAUAUUUGUUAAUAUUGAUUAUGCACAAAUAUUUUUACUAAUAUCCAUUGCUGGUUAUUAUUCACUAUUCCCGUUGUUAUAUAAAGAAGCCGAAGCAAUGUUAAAAGUAUUGUUAAUGGCCAUUCAUUUAUUAUUAAGUUUUGGUACAUUGAAUAGCCGAUAUCGGAUCGUCAAACGAUGGGUAAUUGAAAAAAUUACUACCUAUGUAGAUAGUGAUGAUGAUUAUGGAACUGAACAUGAAGUAAUGCGUGAAAUAAAAGAUGAAUUUCGUGAAAAUCCACCAUUUUCAUUUCUAAAAUUACCAUUAUUAAAUGUAUUGGAAUCGAUUUACAUUUUGGGCUUCAUUUUUAUUCAUUCUGUCUAUACAUUUGGCCCGUAUAUUUUUCCCGAUGCAUUUGAACGAUUACAAUUUUUACCAUUAUUAUUGAUUUCAAUAUAUUGUUCAGUUGGUAUACUUUAUUGUUACAAUUGGUUAUUUACAAUGUUUUUCUUUACAUCAUAAUAUAAUAAUAUAAUCAUCACAUAAUAAUAUUUUCGUAAAUUAAAUUAAAAAAGAAGCGCCAAGCUCAUUUUGAUGUUGCGGUGUGACCAGAGAAAAGUAUAAAAAAACGAUGAUAAGAAACAGUAAAGUUUGUUUUUUUUCCAAAUAAAAUAAAACAAAAAUAAAAUCCAAAAAAAAAAUUACAAUUUCAGCCAUCAGAUGGCAAUCAGAAUCAUAUUAGCUAUGUGUGAGAUGCUAAAUGGAAAAAAAAAUCAUCGUAUGUGAUGUGAUGUGACCAUUUUUAAGAUUGUCGAUCUAAAAAAAAAAACACAUGAAUGAAAAUGGAUUCGACUCGGAUACACAUUUCCAUUCAAUAUUCAUUC